AUAUUACGUCUAUGGUUAUGUUACACCGGGUCGAGUUACUCGAGUUAUUAGGCGGUUUAUUGUUUACUUUCUUUGAUUCACUAUAAACUGAAAACAUUGAUGACUAGUUUUUAUUAUAAGUUCUAAAAAGAGAAUAGUUGUUUAUUUUUAAUACAACCCAAGUUUAAAUAUGUCACAAAAUUCUGAAAAACCUACCCAAGAUGUUGCAGAACCAACUGGUCCAGCUGCCCGUAAAGGUGUUCUUAUAUCGUUUAGGACUGGUAAAACCAUGGAGAUACCUGAAAAAGAUAUAUUGGGAAGAUGCAGAUUUGUUGGAGAGUUUGAAAAGUUAAACCGCAUUGGAGAAGGCACUUACGGUAUUGUCUAUAGAGCUAAAGAUAAGCUGAAUGGUAAUAUUGUGGCCUUAAAGAAGGUGAGGAUGGAUGUAGAAAAAGAUGGAUUGCCUCUAAGUGGCCUGAGAGAAAUACAAGUACUAAUGGCUUGCAGGCAUGAGAACAUUGUGCAAUUAAAAGAGGUUCUAGUAGGGCGCUCUUUGGAAAGCAUAUUUCUAUCAAUGGAAUAUUGUGAGCAGGAUUUGGCAUCAUUAUUGGACAACAUGUCCUCCCCAUUCACCGAAUCUCAAGUUAAAUGCCUGAUGCUGCAAGUGCUUAAAGGACUUAAGUAUUUGCACUCCAAUUUCAUUGUGCACAGAGAUUUGAAAGUAUCAAAUUUACUGCUGACGGACAAGGGGUGUGUUAAAAUAGCUGAUUUUGGUUUGGCUCGUUGGCUGGGUGCUCCAGCACGUAGUGCUACGCCCCGGGUUGUAACAUUAUGGUACAGAGCACCUGAGCUCUUACUGCAGUCCCCUAAGCAGACACCAGCUCUUGACAUGUGGGCUGCGGGAUGCAUUCUCGGUGAACUCUUGGCGAACAAACCACUUUUACCUGGCAGGACGGAAAUCGAACAACUUGAGCUUAUAGUCGACUUACUAGGAACUCCAUCAGAUGCAAUCUGGCCAGAGUUCAGUACGUUGCCAGCGUUACAGAACUUCACUCUGAAGCAGCAGCCAUACAACAACCUGAAGCAGCGGUUCCCCUGGUUGUCGGCCGCCGGUCUUCGCCUGCUUAACUUCCUCUUUAUGUACGACCCCAAUAAGAGGGCCACCGCUGAGGAAUGUCUACAGAGUUCUUACUUUAAAGAACAGCCGUUGCCGUGUGAUCCGAAGCUGAUGCCAAGUUUCCCACAGCACAGGAACUUGAAGGGACAGCAGAAGUCUUCUAGCAACCAGCUCAACAUCCCACUGUCCAAUCUCAACACCGGCGCCAACGACCAGACAAACAACCUACCUGCCAUCUCAGACUUACUCGGAUCUCUUGUCAAGAAACGAAGGAUUGACUAAGGAGACAAUU